AUGCCUACUGAGGAAGAGGAGGAGAACUCUGCACAACCUGUGUGGCAGUCCAUCCUACUGUUUGGCUGUAAGGGAAUGAUUGAGGGAAUCAUCGUCCUCUUGUUUCUCUGGCUGCUGUUGCAGGUGCUCUUCACAAAGCAACAUGAAGGUAUGACUCCACCUGGAGAUUCUGGCUUGGUGGUCCUGUGUUUUUCCCUUAUCCUGGGAUGCAUCAUUUGUUGGUUAAAGACCAGACACAAACCACUCAAAGACAAAAAUACUGUGAGGACACCCCCUCCUCCUGAUUCUGUGGGUAACGUGACUGUGGCUUUGAGUCCUGCCCUUUUAUCUGGAACCACAAUUACCAAAUUACAGUACGAGGAACUGGAAGGAGUGGUUCAAGACUAUCCAUCUGCUUUCGAGAGCUCUACACCAUCAGAUGAAGAGUUGACUGCUGUCUCUGAGGUUAACAAGUCAUGCUUCCAAAUGAGACGACUCAGUUCUCCAACCUCUUCUUUAUACAAGCCCAUGGCCAGUGGCCGCUGCUCUCUCCCCUCUCUCCCAAGACUUAGUCUUCUCUCAAAUACCUGGAAGGUUUUGGAACGGCACUGCACUGUGGCUGGAGAUAGUUACUCAUUUAGCGAACACAGAAGGCUCACUAUUCCCAACCCUCGAUCACCCUGUGCCCUUUCUCCACUUCAAACCCAAGGUCUACUACAGGACGAAACUUUAUUUCCUAACUAUGUUUCAAAUUCUCGCAGUGAGACCUCAGAUCCCUUCUUGCACUUUACCCUGACCUUCUCUUCAACACAGAACACACUCACUGUAUCCUUAGUGGGUUUAACCGGCGUAAUCCAUCGUCUAGAAGAAGUGACUGUCCAGGUCAGGCUGCCCCCACUUUGCCCUGGACCUCUGGAUAUAUCUGCUCAAGAUUACAACCUUAGCUCUGGACUCUAUAAAAAGAACUUGGUGAUCAAUGUCGGAUCUCUAGAGGGGCUUAAGAGUUGCAUGCUCAGAUUGGACAUCUUCAUGCAGGAUAAUCCAAAGACAUCCCUAUUUGAGGAGCUGGAAGUUUGCUGCAGUAGUCUGGACUGGACACCAGACAGGCCUGUUAGCUGCGUUAUAGAACUAAGGCAAGUUGUGGACAAGUCCAAAAAGGACACUUCAUAGCUCUUGCUGUGAAACUAGACUGUCUUAAACAUCAUCCCAGACAUCCGAAAUACCUACACCUCGUGUUGUCUUUCAAAGGACAAGAGUGGCUCAUAUUUUAUUCAACAUGCGAGAGAGUCUUCGGUCAGCUCUUCAUCUUGUUGCAGUACCAGACUGUGGUCUGUUGGGUUAAAGUCCUCAUUCUGAAAGCAGACAAUCUUACCAACCAGACUCCAGAUAUGCACCUACUUGAUUUGGAGGCCAAUGAAGAGGGAUAGAUUCACUGUGUAGCACAAGCCAAGCAGAAACUGUGCAACAUCAUGUUAUUCAACCAUAAUUGCAAAAUGAAAAGUUGACAUGACCUCAAAUCUGACCCAACCAUGGACAGAUUCACUGGAUUUUUUCUAGGCUUAAUUGUGUUUAUGGGGUGCAGUCUAACAUGUGUUAAUGCUUUUUUUAAAAAAAAAAAAAAAACACUAU